CUCGUUGUCACCAAAUAGUGACCCGCAUACGCUCCGGAACUACUUUAUUCCCUUUGCUACGAUUCCUGUCUCUUCAACUUGUUGAACCCCUUCAUAUGCAAGGGCACCUCUUCUCGAACUCGCUGCGCUCUUUGAAGAUAUCUGGACCUGCGUAUGUACACUGCAAAGAUGACCGUGUCCAAAUGGCCAUCGCGCACGUAGCUCGCGAUGCGCCAUUGGUGGAACAUCUUCACAUCGAAGAUUAUACCUAUUCUGUUGUCCAGUCGUCACUGCCACCUCUCCAUUUUGCUCAUCUUCGAGCUGUCGAAAUAUCUGCGUCUUUCGGUUACACCCUCCUACAAUCUCUCUGUCACAUCCUUUCCCAAGCACCUGUGACACAACUCAAACUCGAACUUCCACCGUUCCAAAAUAAGGAUUGGAAUAUCUCGAUUCCUGUCUUUCCUGCUCUGAAAUCGUUGCAAAUUUGUGGCAAUCCGGCUUCUGCCGAACAAUUCGUAUUCCAUCUUGCCAGCAAGGAUCUUCAAGAGCUUAGUGUCUACCACACAAGAGGAACCGCGAGUGUUGCGGAUUAUCACCAGCUUCUUUUGUGUGUUGCGGAUAAAUAUGGCGACACUCUUCAACAACUCUCGCUGUCAACUCUUCAGCAAAUCUCGCUGUCAUUCAGUCAGUCACCCACCCCGAACCACCCAUACGAUCUUUCCCAAGCACUUCUUGAUGCUUUUUAUCCACUCGCAUCACGUUUCAAUCGACUACAGACUUUCCACCUCUCGUUGCCGCACAAUCGCUACGUUCACCUAGCGCCUGAGCUCACAUCUGAGUCUCCUACAUGGCCAUCUCUCAAGCUCUUGACCUCGAAGCAACAUAGUGUUUUGUACGGAAGAACUGAAGAGGCGCAUAGUGCUGUAUAUUUUAGGAAGUAUAUAUGCCGUGUUGAUCAGGUGUCAAGUUGCUGUCAAUGCGAAUGUGGAAUACGAGAAGACUGUGCAGCAGUGUGGGAGUGUCGAUGAGCACUGAGAACGGUACCUGCAUCAGGGAGAAGUGCAAGGCAUGCUAUUCUGAGGCGAUACUGCUGACCAUGUGUGUGCUGCUAACUAUACGAUCCCGCGAGAAAAAGGCAUCUAGGUGACAAACUCUCGUCUUCCCGCGAAACAUGUUUUUCACUUGCAUUCAUUGUAUUCACAGGAAUCAAUGGACUAGUACUAAUGGGCGAAGGUUACUCUUGAGCAAGAUAGACACUCGCACCCAUGAGAAAGUACUAGUAUCAAAAACAUCCAGUCUUAUGUUGGCUCACGUCCUCAAUCUCCUCACUUCUCGUCUACCCCAACUCAUCCUCCUGGCCAGUACACGAUAAGAGUUUGAU